CAUAUACAAGCAUAUAUACACACAUGCACACACUUUUUUAUAAUUUUUGCAGGGACAGGUGUUGCUUUCUAUGUGGACCAGCUAAUGAUCCCAUUUCUUUCAUUUCGUUGGUCACCCAUCAUCAGUGAAACCCCAUGCAUUUAAUGCACUCUGACUCUGUUAUAUUUGAUAAAUGAUCUCAGAGGGAUGGUGGUAAUGAUUACCUUAUGUGAUAAUAUCAAGUUGGUUUAUUACUCAACACUAUCAAUUAGAAACUAUUGUGUUUGUUUUGUGAGAGAGACUUUCUUGCUCAACAUACUUUCAUCUCUCACCUUGAUAACCAUUAAAGCUGCAGCUCUGCCUGUGAGAUUUUCAGCAAGUGUUUCCAUUCAUUCCCUAAAGCUUUUCAGCCUCUUGCUGGCUGCUGAGUCACAAGAGGAGACAGGUUAGUUAAAUCUUCCCCACUUAUUUGUCUCAUGAGAAUUGCCAGUUGUGUUUCACGGUUGUUCUGCUCAUUUAUUGUGAUUGAAUACAUUUAUGGUGCAACUUCAUUUGCAAUCUUACCAUCAGAGAUUUAUUAAACAAAUGUCUCCAUUAAAUAUCUGCAGCUUUUGAUGUUUCUGGUGUUUGCUGAUUGACGGAAGGAAACAAGUUGGUGGGAACUUUUUCAUGUUUAUGUCUGCUGAGGAGUGUCAUUUAUUAUUCAUGGUUGUUUUGCUCAUUUAUGGUAUAUAUAUAUAUAUAUAUAUAUAUGUGUGUGUUUAGGUGUGUGUUGUUAGAAAUGCCUCCAAAAAGGAAGCAACCAACAACUUAUGCUACGCUGAAACGCAAAAAAACAGGAAUGGUGGCUGCUGCAGGUGCCCAGAAAGAAUCUGCAUUUUGUCAUGACUUCACUCAACCUGUCCUGGAUCCUUACCAAACAAACCAAGGCUCUGUAGGGACGGAUGGUGGUUCCUCUGCUGGUCGUAUGGGUUCAGGUAUUGUUCCAGCACGCAGGCCUCUUUGCAGCGAAGUUUUGAAUAUUGGGAAGCCAGAAUGCAUAUGUUAGUAUUGUGGAGCUCUUUUUUGGUACGAUGAGAGGUUAAAUCGUCAGCGAAAUACAUCUCAGCCGAUUUAUGGAAUAUGCUGCCAGAAGGGUAAAGUUGAUAUUCCUCUCCUGAUGCAGCCUCCUCCUUUGCUUGCACAGUUGCUUGAUCUUAAUGGAGGAUCGAUGUCCAAACAUUUUAGAGAAAACAUACGCCCAUCUAAUGGUGCCUUAUAUUUUACAUCUUUUGGAGCUAAAUUGUACCCUAGAUCCCUUACAAGCAGAGGUCCUUACUCCAUGGUUAUUUGCGAAGAAAAUUAUCACAGGAUUGGUUCAUUGCUGCCAAUGGAUGGGAAGAAACCAAAAUAUGCCCAGUUAUAUGUAUUUGAACCUGAAAAUGAGUUGAGUAACAGAUUAGCCAAUUUUACAUCUCGAGAAACAUUGCUUCUUCCUGAGCUGUUGACCUCAUUGAUGAGGAUGCUUGAGGAGAAUUCGACAAGAACUGCAGCAAUCAUCCACUCUGAAUCUUCAACUUAGGAUAUUUGGGAUGGAAAGCAGGAAUCGUCAAUAUGAUUUGCCAACAAGUGAUGAUGUAGCUGCUUUGAUUCCAGGGGAUUUUGUGCCAGAUAGAAAAGACAGGGACAUCAUAGUCGACCACAAAGAUGAAGGCCUCAAACGAAUCUAAAGUGUCAACCCAAAAUUCGAGGCGCUUCACUUUCCACUGCUUUUCCCAUACGGCGAAGAUGGAUAUCAUCCUUUGAUACCAUAUAAUUCUAGGUACUGUUCAGUUUCAGCUAAGCGAAGGUUUGUAACUCAAAGGGAGUAUUAUGCAUUUCGGUUGCAGUAUCGCAUGAAUGAAGGCCAUACAUUGAUAAAAAGUGGGAAAGCUCUUCAGCAUUACUGUGUUGAUGCCUUUUCUACUAUUGAGCUUAACCGACUUGCUUUUCUGAGAAGCAACCAAAAAGAACUUCGCGUUGAAGUUUACCAGGGUCUGCAAGAUGCAUUUGCUAGGGGUGACAUGGAUGCUGAUAAGCUUGGACCUGUUAUCAUACCUUCUUCAUAUACAGGUGGCCCAAGAUACAUGCAACAAUUAUAUUAUGAUGCGAUGGCUACAUGUCAGUUCUUUGGAAAUCCAGAUUUAUUUGUUACCUUCACAUGUAAUUCAUUGUGAGAGGAGUUAACCACUGCCUUUGAUGAAAUUGUCGGUGCACAUGGUGAAUACAAACCAAUGGUGGUUUGCCGGGUAUUUCAUAUAAAACUCAUGAAGCUGAUUGAUGCAAUCAAACAAGGAAACUAUUUUGGCAUGACUAUAGCAUGUGAGUUUCACUUUGUUUAAUCUGUUUUGUUCAUAUGUUAGUUUGUUAUGUGGUAUAUCAUUAGGUUGGGACAUGUUGGAUUCUAAUGUGUGUGUUCUGUUAUGCUAAAUGGAUCAUGGACCCUUCUGCUAUUGCACCUCAUCUAUAAGCCAUCAUUGUUAUAUAUUUUUAUCUGCAAAUGGUUGAUUCCUAUUUUCCUUUGUCUUAUGCAGUGAUGUAUACUAUUGAAUUUCAAAAAAGAGGACUUCCUCAUGUACAUUUGCUUAUAUGGCUUGCUGACCCGGACAAGAUCACAAGUACAGUAGACAUAGAUGAGACAAUUUCUGCAGAAAUUCCCGAUCCCCAUCUUGAUCCUAUUGGAUAUGAAACAGUUGUUAGGCUAAUGCUUCAUGGACCGUGUGGAAGUGCAAAUCCAGCAGCACCUUGCAUGAAGGAUGGAAAGUGUUCUAAAUUCUUUCCGAAGGAAUUUAGUUCAGAUUUUGUAUUUGAUAUGUUUGGAAAUGCCAUCUAUAGACGUAGAGACUCUGGGAUUCAGGUGAAAAAGGGCAAUGCAGUUCUGGACAAUAGGCAUGUUGUUUCUUACAAUAGGAAUUUGUUGGUUAUGAUGCAGGCUCACAUUAACGUCGAGAUUUGUCAUAAAGGGGGCUUAAUCAAAUACUUAUUCAAGUAUUUGACCAAAGGACCAAAUAGAUCCCUGGUAAUCGCUGAAGAUUAUGCAACUUCAAGACAAAUUCCCUCGACAAAUGCAGCAAAUAACAAAGAUGAGAUACAGGAGUACAUUGAUUGUAGAUCCCUAUCCUCAUAUGAAGCAAUAUGGAGAAUCUUUGAAUAUGAAAUACAUCACAGAGAACCCGUUGUCGUUCGACUUUCUGUUCAUCUAGAAGGACAACAAAAAGUGACAUACAGAAAACAGUCAAGUGUUCGCAGCGUGCUCAGAAAUCCAAGGUCUGGAAAAACACAUCUCACGCAAUGGUUUGCUCUGAAUCGAAGGGAUCCGGAGGCAAGAAAGCUGACUUAUGCACAAAUACCGAAUUCGUAUACAUGGAACGAAGAUGAUAAUGAAUGGACUCCACGGAAAAAAGGAUUUGCGAUAGGCAGAAUUGCAUAUGUGCCUCCAGGAAGUGGUGAUGUCUUUUUCCUUAGACUUAUGCUGACAAAGGUUCAUGGACCAACAAGCUACGUUGCUUUAAGAACUGUUAAGGGAGAGGUCUGCCCUAGCUAUGAAAAAGCAUGUGAGAAGCUAGGACUGUUGUCUGACUCUUCAGAAUGGGUUAGAGUUUUGCAAGAAAUAUCAGCUAGCAGCAUGCCAAAUUUAAUGAGUACAUUUGUAUGUAUGCUGAUGUUUUGUGAGGUUCCAAACCCUCUUGAAUUGUUUGAGUCAAGCUGGAAAUUCAUGGCUGAGGACCAUGCUUAUUCUCUAAGAAAACAGUUUCAUUCGACAGCUUUUCAGCCUUCUGAAGAAAGGCUGCGUAAUUGGGUCCUUCGUCAGUUACAAGCUUUGCUGGGAUCUCAUUCAUCAUCAUUGGCCCAAUUUAACCUUCCACAGCCAACGGACUUAGGAGUAGAUGAUGGAUCAAACUCUUUACUUAGAGAUCACUUGAGUUUUGAUGUUCUGCAGCAACAGGCACUUUCAGAUACACUGCUGCAGUCACUAAACAUGGAUCAAUUCG